GAUUACCAACGAGGCGUACGCCUGAUCUCAGUGCUUGCUGCUACUAGUCAUGUUCCCCGACAUAGCAUGGAUAUUGGACAGAUGCCGUGACGUGUCCGAAUGCAAGACGCGUGGAGCAGCGUCGAUGUCCGCCUUAGUUUUCGUGUCUCUGCAUGUUCUUGCAGGACUGUUUCAGAUCUUCCACUUUUUUUCUUGGUAUUCAUCGGGUUUUUCACUUAUUGCUUUGUUCGCCUCGUACGCAUCCCUCGUGAUGCUGGGUUUGUGGAGAUGUUAUGAGUCCAUGUCCUUUCUACAUUGCGAGAGGCUGCGCAAUCACCCUCCUGAACGUCUCCAUCAGGACCCGCCACACCUCCACGCCACACGCGGCCGCAGAGGCGCCCCAUCUUCGCUGUACUUGCCCAGCGACGAUGCAGGCGAUACGACACAAGAUACAUCACCCUCAGCGAGCCUCCUAUCGGACGAGGGGGUGCGCGAAAUGCGAGCUAUCGCCGCGGCGGGAUUGGGAUUCAAGGAUAUCAACAAUGUCACAGUUCAUGAAGUACGAGCAGCUCGUGCGGCCCGCGCAGCCUUGAGGGCCAAACAAAAUCCUGCACCUCCUGCCACUGCUCUCCAACAAGAGAUUGCGGAGGGCGAAGUCUUGUACGCAUCAGGACUCCGCAAAAUGAUUAAACUAAAGAGUGACCGGGUCCUCAAGCACGGCAUUGAUGCCCAAGUAGCGGCCGCGGAGGUUGCUGCCAUGAAGUUUAUUGCGGAGCAUACUACGGUUCCCAUCCCUGGAAAUCCAGAACACAUUGUCGACGCCGGCCGGAGCUAUGUGGCUACGGAUCAUGUGGAAGGACAGGUUCUCUCCAAAGUCUGGGAACACCUGCGCGACGAUGAGAAGGCCACAAUCCUCGGUGAACUCAAAGCAUACGUCAACCAACUCCGAUCGCUCGAGUCGCCUGGUUACAUCGGAUCCCUCAACCGCGACCAAUGCUGGGACUGCAGAAUGUUUGCCUUUGCCUGCGGCCCCUUCGACUCGGAGGCUCAAAUGAAUGAUCAUUUGGUGUCCGUCCUGACACACGUAGCUUCGCCUUUUUGCCGGAAGUUCCUAAGACGGAUGAUGCGGGAGGAUCACAAGAUUGUCUUCACCCAUGCCGACCUCCAUUGGAGGAAUAUCAUCGUAAAGGACGGUCACGUCGCUGCUAUCCUAGACUGGGAGAUGGCAGGAUGGUACCCCGAAUACUGGGAAUAUUGCAAAGCGCUGUACAACGAGAGAUUCGAGACGGAGUGGUGCACGCGGGUACAGGAUUUCCUCGAACCUUAUCAUUAUGAAUAUGCGGUGGAUAGAUUGCUGCGCGCAAUGAGUCCAGUGUGGUAGUGCAGUAGUACCGACACGUUUAUACUGUUUGUGUCACUUUAUAAUUAUUUUCCUACCAGCAAGUCUCUCAAUGUUGACACAUGGCACAUGGGCUG